UAAGCCUCAGGGGUUAAACGUGAACGUGAAUCUUCCCAGUUAUGAGAGUCUAGAUUCAAGAGCCUCAUAGAAUCGAAUCGCCUUGUUUCUUCUCUGCUGAAGCUUAACUCUUACGAUAUGGCGAUCUACAUAAAGCGAUUAACGUGGCUCGGCAUCUUCGUCAUCGUCUGCUUCGCACUCUUCUGGGGUCGGACAUUUUAUGGAACCACAAGACUGUCCGACCAAUUGUGUUCCAUCAUAAGCGUUUGUCGCACUGAUCCACCUGAGCUCCCUUCAGUUGAGGAUUCUCCCGUCGUCCUCGAAGGGUAUGGAAACUUCGCCGGAACCACUAUAAACACUACAUUGAGCGGUGUUGCACUCCCGGCCCCAGUUGAUGCUUGGCUAGGAAUCGAUUAUGCCACCCAGCCUAUCGGUGAAGGUCGUUUUAGACCUAUUGACUGGCCAGCUCCAUUCGACGGCGUGAAGCUAGCUACAUCGUAUGGGAAAGCGUGCAUCCAAGAUGCCAAGUAUAUCAGUAUAGAAGCGCAGGGGGAGGCAUGCCUAAAUUUCAACGUGUAUCGAACUCGGGGUGUUCCGUUGAACAAGAGACUUCCCGUUUUUGUCUACAUCCAUGGUGGAAGUUUCAACUUCGGAACUAGUAAAAGUCUGGACGGGGCUGCGUUUGUUGCGUCGUCCAAGGAGCCAGUAAUUGUCGUGACCUUCCACUACCGCCUAAACUCCCUUGGUUUUCUACCGUCGGCAAUGUUCAGUAAUGAGGGCCUCCUCAACCUUGGAUUACGAGAUCAGUACUUCUUUCUAAAGAAUUUCGUGCAAAAGCAUAUCAGCUCUUUUGGUGGCGACCCAGGAGCUAUCACGCUUGGUGGCCGUUCUGCCGGUGCUCAUUCUGUGGGCAUCCACUACUUUCAUAAUUAUGGCCAGGAUGCCGGAAAGCCCUAUAUGGCCAGAACCAUCCUCCAAUCUGGAUCUGUCACUGCACGAACGUUCCCAAAUGCCACUUAUCCGUUAUAUAUCCGCCAAUUUGAGGAGUAUAUGGCAUUCCUUCGAUGCCCUACUAAUGAUAAUGCUGCCGCCUUAGCCUGUCUGCGUUCUGCUAAAGUCACUGAUAUCAGAAAGAUUAGCAGCAAGAUGUAUGAUGACUUCUUGUACAAUAAUACAUGGCCAUUCCAACCAACACAAGGAGGCCCGAUGCUCGAAAAAUUCGGUUCCCAGUCUGGCUAUGAUGAGACUUUCUUCCAUGUGCCAACACUUACAACUACUGUCACAAACGAAGGAAGAUGGACAGUUCCAGGCGACAAGAAAACCAAUAAUGAAUUCCUAGAGUAUAUGCACACAAAUGCCCCUCUCUUGACCAAUAACGAUCUUGAAUUGCUGGCAUCCUUAUACCCGGAUCCAGCGACAAAUAUCAAGUCCCCUUUUAAAGAUUCCCCGAAGGAAAAGGAGGCACAGUAUGCCCGCCUAUCUGCUGCGUGGAGUGACUACGCGUAUAUCUGCCCUGGGCAAGAAACUGCAUAUAGGAUAUCAACCGCUGGCAUACCAACAUGGAAAGGUCGGUUCAACACAAACAAUAGCUUUCCGGCUUGGAAGGGCAUUCCUCACGCGGCCGACGGGAAAUAUACUUGGCCCGAGCCAAAGUCCCAGUAUCCGGAGAUCGGCCACGUGCUCCAUGGCUACUUGUCCAGCUUCGUGACAACCGGGGACCCGAACACACACCGAUACCCAGGAUCUCCCGAGUGGCCAAGAUAUACUCCUGAAGGAUACGGCCUCGAUUCAAAACCGGCACACCAGCUUGUCAUCCAGCCUAAGGAUACAAAGGUCGAGACGGACGAGAUCCGCCGCGAGGCAUGUCUAUUUUGGAGAGAUCCCAAGAGAGCGCCCCGUCUGAAUAAGUAAUUGGAUGAAAAAGCGUUGAUUAUUACAUUAUUAUACCCAUAGUCGUACCAGAAUCCUAUAUCACGUAUAAAUCAGAAGCUAUUCACCUACAUCAGCACGUGAUCCGAUCGUGUGGAGUAAAUCUACCCCGAGCCGGCUUGGGGGGGAGGAGUUAGAAUGGGUGGCUAGA